CAGCAGAAAGAACAGCAGACCAAACAUCAAAAAGAGCCUUCACUCAUUUGGAAAUUGUCAGCGUCCACUGGAAUGCAAGGAAUGUUAUUGAAGGCUACCAACCACGAAGUUGCAAGAAAAGUGAUAGUGUUAAAAGGGCAGAAAAUUUUCCGGCUUGUCGUGCCCUUCUGGCUUCAUGCAGAGCUAAAAUACUAAGUCAGCAUCAGCGAAGCCUUCGUAAUGAGCGCCUUGUGUUCUUACAAUAAGCUGGAAGGCGCUUUUAGCUCGCGGUUACUGUGACAUCUGUCUUCAUAUUGCUCGAGUCAUUGACUGAUUAGCUCUUGAAUCGUUUAUAAAUGUUAUUGCUUAUUGCACGUCGAGUUUCGAUGGUGAACAUUAUUUGCAAAAGGCAAGUUAGCUGAUCCCCUCUUCGCAUGCCUGAACUACUUUUAGAAACAAGCAUCGACGAAGAGCCCUACAAAGGUUUUGACAUGAACACAGAAAAAACGGGUGCAAAUAUGGCGUUUUCCGGGACACAGGCAUUACUCCUCUGGUGUCGACAACAGACGGAAAGCUACAGUGAAGUGAACGUGAUCAACAUGACAACUUCAUGGCGAGAUGGCUUGGCAUUUUGUGCAAUUAUACACCAUUUCAGACCGGAUUUGAUGUAAGUUCAAACUAUCUCAAGUUGUGCUUAAUUUCACGGUGUUUGCACCGAGCCGGCGAAGAUGCGGCAUUAUUCAGCUCAUAUGUUAAGAAUGUGCUUUCUUUUGAUCUAAUUUAGAGAUUUUGACAGGCUUUCGAAAGAAAACAUCAUGGUUAACAAUGAACUGGUAAGUAAUAGUUGAAACUAAGUGCGUGUAAUCCGAAAAAUUUCAAGUAUAGUGUCAACUCUUGAACUCACUGUUGGCAAAAUAAUUGCGUUUUUCAUGGUUAACAGACCUGUUAUUUAUCCACUUGUUAGUUUAUUGUUUCAUUACUGGUGUCAAAACAAUUAGAAUAGACCCUAUAAACUUGAAGAAAUAAGCGGAACGCCCUGCUCAUUGGCAAACCAAACAAAUGAUAUUGUCAGAUUUCUCUCUUUCCGGACGGCGAUGUUCACUAGACGAUAAGCUACAUAGAAUUAGCAUACUUUUUUUAAAAAACACAUUCCGGAUCGUACAGUUUGUUUCUUUUUUUUUUUCUCAGUUGCUUUUCGUUUGCAGCACGUACCCGAACCAAUAUCAGAACAAACAGGUUGAUGGGUUAUUUAGAAUAUAGGUUUAUUUCCUGAAAGAUGACUUGCGAUCUAUUAUGCAGCAAUCGUUUUUGUCGUGACACUGAAAUAAAAAUAGAUCUUAAGAUUUAUAUUGACACCCUUUGCAAACCUCUGAAAGUGAAAUAAUUGACUGUUAAUCUGAGGGUGCUGAAUCGAUCUCUUAUUUUUAAUACAGUCGCACCCCGCUUUAUGGACAGUGGCUUAAUAUGGGCACCUUGUUACUAUGGACACUUUUCCUUGUCCCUAGCCCUUACAUUUCCUCUGAAUUCAAUCCGCUUAAUACGGACAACUCCUUGAUAUGGACACUUUAUAUAGGGGUGUGACUGUAUCAUAAUGUUCACCUAAUUUGCAUAUUCUGCUUGUAUUUAUGUACAUACUGUGGUUUAAUUUUUUGUUUGGUUUGGCAUUUUUCGAACCAGUUUAAUUUUCAUUUUCUUUAGUGUAAAAACAAGCCAAACCAAAAACAAAACAAACAACAAAUUAAACCGCAACUUUUGUUUGUGAAUGGGGAUGCUGGACAGAAAGAAGGAGCCAAGCUAUUUGCACUUUUCUUAAUGAUUUCUGUGAAUGAUGGAGGAAAGCCAAGUAAAAAAAGUAAAUGUGCAUCAAUUGUUACUUUUCUAAAAUUAUUUCCUAGUAGAAUAGAAAAAUUUAACCUGUGUUAGGUGGAUACCCAUGGAACCCAGGAAGUAUCUGCUGAUUAACCCAUUCGCCCCUGGAGUUUUUGCCGAAAAACGCGUUUUGAAGCUAGUCGAGCAGUUUUCUGGUCACUGUUGUGCUAUUAAGAGCUAAAACUUACCACAAAGCUGUUUACAGGUCGUACACUUUGCGGCCUUCUGAUCCAGAUGCAAACUAUUCAAAGCCAAAUUUCGAGAUGACCCAGCAGUCUUGACUUUUACUUUUCGCUUUCUCUGCUCCCUCUUUUUUCAUUUUUCUUGCCUCAUUUUUUUUCUUUUGCUGGGCAUUUAGUAGGCUUCAUUCUGGUGGGAAAAGUUUUUAGGAAAGCUUUUAGGAAAAAGCUGUUGCUAAUCGGUAAUUAUCAAUAUUAAUAGAUUUUUAUCGAAGUUAUCUAUUUUAAUCGGCACUUAAAUUUCCAUGUUUUUUAGCAGUUACGUUGUCAAAGUUUGUUGUUUCCGGAACAUAUAGGACAGAUAAAUUUUGAUCGAUAUUUAUUUUACAAUUUACAGUCAAUAUUCUAAUGAGACAUUUUCGGCCAAACGACGAAAUAAAAAAGAUUCAAGAAUGAGAGUAAACUUAACAUAAACAAUUGAUUCAGUUUGCUUGCAUUGGAAACUGUUCAAGUUGAACCCCACACUUUAUAGUUAGUAUAUAGUUUAUAGUUAGUGGUGAGGAUACUGUUCAGUGUACAUAAAGUUUGUCAGCAAGACCCUUGCUUCUUCAAAAAUCAUAUUGCAAAGCAUCAUUAAGGAAAGAGAUGUGACGUGACUAUAAACCUAUAAAAAUGUGAGAGAAAAAGCAUGAUCAUCAUUUGAAACACAAAACAUCUGCACAAUUGCUAAUAUUGUGAACUGUAAAAUAAUGCAUAAUUUAUUGGGACUUUAAAAUUGAUAAAAUCGAUAGCGCUGACAAAGAAAAAAGUUGUUGCUAUCAAUUUCUAUUGAUUGACCAAUACUUGUAAUCAAAAUCAAUCAAAAAGUGAUUAUUGACAAUUAUCAUUUUAUUGAUUGGUUUUCCGAUAUUGGUUUUUAUUGAUUGCACUAGUCAGGUAUAAUCACAUCUUUAAUUCUUAACAUGACAGGCUUUCAGUGUGGCUGAAAAACACUUGGGCAUCCCUAUGGUACUUGAUGCGAGCGACAUGUUAGAGAAUACCAUUCCAGAUAAGCUGAGUGUUAUUACAUAUGUGUCACAGCUUUAUGAGUACUUCAAGAACAGGUCUCCUGGUAGGUGAUUUGCUGCUCAGCUUUUAUUUAGGAGUGUGAUUGCAUCAUUUAUGUCAUUUAUCAUUUUUUGGAAAGUAAAACCUUACAAAGUUUUUACAAUUAACUGUUUUUGUUGAUUAGAAAAAUUUUGCAAUGUAUAAGCUGACAGUACUGCCAGUAUGUCAGUUCAGUGCAACUUAAACUUUUUAGCUUGGCCAGUUUUUGUAGAGUGCAGUAGACACUUGCUAAUAAGAACCUACAUUUUUUUAGGUCAGACAAAAAUAGUUCUUUUACUUUUGGGUAGUUAUUGGCAAUUUAUAUUUAGGCUAGGUAGGUUCUUAAUUAGGUUCUUAAUUUCUAUGAAGGAGAUAUAGUUUUUACUACUAGAAAAAAUAAAGAAGAGCUCUUGAGUUUGGUGAGGUAACUCUAAAUAUUAAUUUAUGUUUAUCAAGUGUGUAUGUUUAUUUUUGUAUUUGCAGCAAACCAGGGCUAUGCCACAAAGAUGAACAUUCAGCCCAAGACAAGAAAUGAAUCUAAAGGCCACAAAGGAAGCAAGCGCACGUCACCUUCCAAUCAGAUGUACAUUCUUUCUGGUCAUGCAAAAAGAGUUGCUUCAGCUCUUCGAAAUGUCUUUAAAUCAGAUGCCAAGGAGGAAUCAUCGAAGAGCAAAGAGCAUGGCAAGUACUUAGGUGUGGAUCCUCUGAGAACAAACUUGGAAACAGUAAGUGUGACAGUGAAGAGUAUAUUCCUUUCCUUGGUAGUCAUUUGGAUGUGUCCAGAGUGUAAUGAAAAUUUUAUAUUACCGUAGUAAUAAAUGUUCUUAGCUAACACCCUUUUACACUAAUUUUUCAGUAAUUGUGCUGAUAACAUUUUUCUGUCACCGUAAAAAUGAUUAAAGUUUCAGUGAUUCACUUUCUGUUUAUCUAGAGCAGGAAUUCAUCUGAUGAAUCCUCACCAGGUACAGCAAGGAAAUCACCUUUCCUUGGAAAUGAUUGCUGUAUUUGUCACAAAAGAGUCUACAUCAUGGAGAGGUUAAUUGCAGAAAGGAAGCUUUUCCACCGAGCAUGUUUCAGAUGCGCUAAGUGUAAUGCUUGCCUUCGACCAGGAACAUACCAUUAUUUUCUGGAAACAGAAAAGUUUUGCUGCUUGUUUGAUUGUGGAGGGGGUAAGUUAUUGACUGCUACCUGCUGAUUAGCUUAAUUAUUGGUCGGGUGACUGACUGUAGCAAUUGUGUUUGGUGAGAUUCCUUUCCAAGGCAACAUCCAGGGUCUUCAAAAUAAGUUGAGGAGAAGCCCCGACCUGCCUUUGCUUCACAUAUACAAAUAGUUAGGCCCGUUUUCCUUCUCUAAUGAAGACCAAAAAGCAUAGUUCCUUCUCACAAGUCCCUUCUCACAGAGCUUUUCUCCGCAGAUGGGACCCUUGUAGGAAAAAAAAGACCCUAGCUUCUAUUUCCAGAAAGCACUUAACUUUGAGCUCAAGUCUGUUGUGUUUGCGUUACCACGUAAAUGGGGUUAAGGUCUUAUAGUUGUCAACCUUAAUUGAAGUGGCACUUACCAACUGUUUUGUAAAACAUAAUGUUGGAAGAUACCUGGGAUAAACAGGGGCUUCCACUGUGGUCAGCUGGUUCUUCCAGUGUAUUACUUAAUGUUGUGAUUCUGAUCGUCAUUUCUCUAAAAUGGAGACCUAAACAAAUAAAGAAUGAUUUAGAGGGAGCACUUCCAGAAAGUGGUUAUUCGUCUACCCGAUUCCUGGUCAAAUCAGAUUUGGUUUUUGAGGAGAAGUGAAAACUGGAGUACCUGGAGAAAAACCUCUUGGAGCAAAGGAGACAACCAACAACAAACUCAACUCACAUAUGGCAUAGAUGCCUGGAUUUGAACCCACACCACAUUGGAGAGAGACGUGGCUCUCACUGCUGCCUCACCCUUACUCCCAAGAGAGACCUAUUCAUUUAUAGAAACUGCUCUUAAGCAUGCACCUUCUCUUUGACUGACAUUUCUUUUUCUGUAUUCCUAUCUAACCAUACUUUGAUUUUUUUUAACCAACAGGAAAAAGAGAAUCUCCCAUUAAAAUUAAGCUGGAACCAAUGUCAGAUGCGGCACAGAAAGCCUAUUCUCAAGAGAAUUCACCUUGCAAAUCCCCAACUGACAAUUCGCAUGUAAACGAUUCACCUGGGCAGGAGAAAAGCUCUCUCCAAAGACAAUUCUCUAUUGUAAAAAGAAAUACAAUAAGGUUAAAUGCACUACCACAGACAUUAGGGAAGGACACUGUAGCUAAAAGCCAAAAGCACACACAUUCAUCAAAGAAACCUUCAUUAUCACAACACAGAGGCAAAGGGGAAAAGAAAAGAAGAUUUUCAGGAAAUGGCAGAGGGAAGAGUAAAGGCGAUGGGAAAGGGAAAUAUGUCAGGUCUCAAGAUCAUGAAAAAGUUUCCUGGUCACCAGAGCACAAACGACGAGCUCCUGAGACUCAAUUAAGGAAUGGAAUGGAGGAGAAAGUUAAUGUCACAGGUGCUAGUUUAAAUAAGGAGGAAACGACCAAAUGUUCUAUACCAUCAUCCACACAACUGGAUUUGGUUUCAAAGGAGAAAGAAGUGAUUGUUGACAAAAGCAAGGAAAGUCUGUUUUCUAAAGAGGAUGUAAAAAAGAUUACUAGAGAAGACAGUGUUUAUGAAAAACCGACUGAAAACCUCUUUUUUUCAUUCAAAGAAGAGCUGCUAAAGAGAGCAGCAGUCAAAGAUGAGUUGCUUAAAAGAACAACUUUUAAAGAAGAGUUGCUUAAAAGAGCAGCUAAAAGUGAAUCAAAUGAUGACAGCAAUGAAGCAAAAAAUGAUAGUAAUAUUGCAGACAAAAGUAAGUUAAUAGAAAAUGACUGCAAGCCAAGUUUAGUUGCAUCACUGCAAGGUGGAUAUGAGGCAAAAAAAAAUAAUAAUGUCUUGGAAAAAAUUGAUUUUUUAGAAGACCAUGAAAAAAGGGCAGAGAGCAACGUACAAGAGGAAGAUAGGGUGACAGACAGUGAAAGAAAGCAUUCAUAUGAAAGGAAGUAUUCUAAUGCAAGUGUAAAUAGUGAUUUGACAAGAGGAAGUGGAUCACGCAAGGGUAGUAUUCUGGGUGAUAUUGAUCCUUCAGUCGUUGGGCCCAAAAGUGUGCAAAAGUUGCGUGAGAAGUUUCUCAAUAUCAAUGACAUGAUUGAUGAAAAACACAAGACCAUCAUAGCCAGAAAAAGCAGUGAAAUGCAGAGGGAACUGAAAUGUAUUUCUGCAUGGAAGCAGCAAACUGACUCUCAAGUAACUUCAUCUAGAAGACUUUCAGCAAACUUUGCAGGAAAGACAGCAGAAACCCGAAAGCCAACUGUUAGCAGCAACCGCAGAAGUGUGAAAGAGUUGAGGAAAAUGUACAUGGGAAGUGAGGCUGGUAAAGAGAAGGCUUCUGAUGAAAUUCCUUUCAGGGUAAGGUCCAAAUCAAUGAAAGCAAAAGUGAACAUGGAACGAAAAACUAGCGCUCCAGAAGCAAAAGCUAUUUCUUCAGGAACUAAGAAAACAGAGCCAGAAAUUAAGGGAGAAAAUUUCGGUUCAUCUGAGAAUGCUGACGAUGAAUCUGAGGAAAGUCUUAGAAAAAGAAGCAAGUCUCUCAAUACAAAUGAUAAUGUGGUCGUCAUACAUGUUGAUAACAGUCAAGAAAACAGACAGGGUGACAAUCAAAUGAGUGAAAGUGCACCAUCAUCAAAAGAAACUAAUAGUAUGCCUCAGAAGACAGUAACUUACAAAGUGAUUAAGUCUGAAGAUGUCGCAAAUGACGUUCCAUCACUUCAGGUACAGCCAGCCUCUCCUGAGCCUUCUACUGGAGACCGGUCAUCUCCUGGUUUAGAAAGGCAUGCAGCAUCGCAUGACAGUGGAAUUGACAUGCCAUUGUAUGCGCAAAACAAUGUACCUGAUGAAAAAGUAUCUGGUGAAAGUUUGAAAGUUUCAGCAGUAUUAUCCACUGCUGGAAAUGAAAGUUCUGUUUUAACACCAAAUGAACAACUGUCAAAUACAUCAGGGGCGGAUGUUCAACAAAAUUCCUUAUCACCAGAAAGGGAUUAUUCACCGGUGGAGGUGUCCUGGACACUUCCUUUAACGGUUGGUAGCACAGCAUCUCUCACUGAUACUAGUUCAUCAUGUAGUUCACCAAGAAUGUCUGUUAUCAUUGCUCAGGAAGCUUCUUCAACUAAAAUAAACAGUCGAUUUUUUACUGUGGAAACCAUGGAACCUUGGGAUUUUGAGGAGUAUAGAAUUGCAGAGGAGCACCAAUGUGUGAUGGAAGUUGAGGGAGAGUUUAGUUUUGGGAAAGAAAAAAGCAAAACUAGCAAAGCAGAAAGGGAAGCUAUUUCAUCUUUGCAUCGUGAUGCUAAGAUUGGUGGAUAUAAUGAUACUGAUCUUAUCAAAGAGGAUGAGGUGACACUUUCUCCAGCCGAGAUUGACCUUGAGUUACAAGCUCUAGAAACACAGCAUGGAAUUCUUGAAAGAAGAGGCGUGGACAUUGAGCACAGCUUAAGAGAGACUAUGGGCCGUAAGUAACUCAACAACCAAUUAAUUCACUUUAUUAGCAGUUUUUAUGGCUGACUUAUAAUAUUUUAUUAUUUGUUGUGGCACUCCGAUGCAUCCCUGAUUUUAUUGGAAUUAACUUAGGAAUUUUGGCUUUAGGGUAGGGAGGAACACCAGCAAUCACCUGAACUGACUGUGCUAUCCCUGUUCUUUCCACAAACUGAGAAGGGAACAGUUUAUUGACUCGCGUGUUUGAAUUCUUACAGGUGUAGAAUAGUCUAUGAAAAAUAAUGAGACUGAUGCACGUUGAAAGCAGUGAUAGUGUCUCAAAUUCUUAGCUUUUAAAAUAAGGAAACACUGAACCUGACUAUGGUUUUGGCCAUUUUGAAGUUUGUAUAAUUGCACAGCAGACUGUUGUAAUUAAGCAUCAGUCUGGCAGCUCUUAAAAACUUGUAAGUUUUCUUGGAAGUUUAUUUUGUUUUAGUGCUAGGUUCUAUUGUUAACUUUGUUUCUUUAUUGUUUUCACAACCAAUCCAGUGUGACCUUGAAAUAGCUUCAACACCACACAUCAUGAUUAGCUAGUUUAAUUUUCUUUUAAAGCAGUAUUUGUUGUUUGAGUGGCUUACUUGUGCUGUACUGAGUACUGUCAUGGUUUUGCAACUACAUUUAGCAGCUGAUGGAGAUAUAAAUGAAGCUGAAGAAGAACUUUUACGGGAAUGGCUUGGUGUGGUACACAAGAAAAACAGGAUCAUGAGAAGAGAAUCAGAGCUGAUAUACUUGUAA